AUGGCUCCUACCGAUUCCAAGGCCGACCCGGCAAUUGUCGAAGUUAAUGUCGAUGAGCUUCGCAAUUCUAAAGAUGCGAUGCUCAUGCGGUUGAUGGCCCUCCAAAGUUACAUUGCCGACUUGAGCAAAGCCUACUUGGAACAUGCCAACAGCGUCAUCAGCGGUGGCCCCGCCACCAUUGACAUCCCCGAUGUCCCCACUGGUUUGAAGCUCGGCGAGUUUGAGCGCCCCAGCAGCCCCAGCACCAAGCUUGAGCCCACCAAGAAGCGCAAGCGUGCGCCCGCAGACCCUAACGCUCCCAAGCGUGCUCUUACUCCCUAUUUCCUGUACAUGCAGAGCAACCGCCCCAAGAUUGCUGCCGAUCUUGGUGAGACUGCCAAGCCCAAGGAUGUCGCUGACGAGGGUACCCGUCGUUGGCAAGAGAUGCCUGCUCCCCAGAAGGAUGUCUGGAAGGAGCUUUACCUCAUGAACUAUGAGAAGUACAAGGCUGAUAUGGCUGCGUACAAGGCCGGCAAAUUGGCCGACGAGGAUCAUGAACAAGACCCUGCUGCUACCCAGCUGCAGGCUGACUUUGCCGAUGCUCCCAAGGAAGCCUCUGACAACGACUCUUCAUCUGAUGAGGAAGAGGAGGAUAAGGCGGCAUCUGACUCUGACGAGUCCCGCGAAUCUUCUCCCUCUCCCGUUCAGCCUCCUCCUAAGGAGAAGACCCCUCGCAGCACUAAGCGCCAACGUGUCAGUGAUUCCAAGAAGGAAGUUCCCGAGUCCGCUGUCAAGCAGACUUCGCCUGUUAAGAGAAAUGCUCGUCGGGGUAAGGCGGCAGAGCUCGCGGCUAAAGAGACACCCGCCGCCGCUGAAGCUAAGACUCCCAAGAGCAAGGGCAAGAAGCGCAAGAGCGAUGUUUAA